AUGACCGCUGGCCGGCUCUAUCUAAGGUUGCUGCGCGCAUCCUCGAAGUUCAUGGCUCAGCGCUUACUCGAGGGUGUGCCCCCUUCCAGGGGUCUACACGCGGGGCGUGGUCCCCGAAGGCUCUCCAUCGAAGGCAACAUUGCUGUGGGAAAAUCCACCUUUGUGAAGUUACUCACGAAAACUUACCCAGAGUGGCACAUAGCUACAGAACCUGUAGCAACAUGGCAGAAUGUCCAGGCUGCUGGCUCCCAAAAAGCUGGAGCUGCCACCAGUCUUGGAAACUUGCUGGAUAUGAUGUACCAGGAGCCAGCACGAUGGUCCUACACCUUCCAGACAUUUUCUUUCCUGAGCCGCCUGAAAGUGCAGUUGGAACCCUUCCCUGAGAAGCUGCUCGAGCUUGGGAAGGCAGUGCAGAUCUUUGAGAGGUCUGUGUACAGCGACAGGUAUAUCUUUGCAAAGACUCUUUUUGAAAAUGGUUCCCUCAGUGACAUUGAAUGGCAUAUCUAUCAGGACUGGCAUUAUUUUCUCCUGCAGGAGUUUGCCAGCCGGCUCAGAUUACAUGGCUUCAUCUACCUCCAGGCUGCUCCCCAGGUUUGUUUAAAGAGACUACACCGGAGGGCCAGGCAAGAGGAGAAAGAAGUUGAGUUGGCGUAUCUGGAGCAGCUUCAUGGUCAACACGAAGCCUGGCUUGUCCACAGGACGACCCCGCUCCACUCUGAGGCUCUGCUGAACAUCCCAGUGCUCGUGUUGGAUGUCAAUGAUGAUUUUUCGGAAGAAGUAACCAUACAAGAAGAGCUCAUGAGGAGGGUAAACACCUUUGUAAAGAAUCUAUAA